CAGGAAAAAUCAAACUCAAAGCCCGCAUCAACACUUCAGCACUUGCUUGCUACUUACUAGCCUCGAGGAGGCCCUACUUCAGUGAAUCGCAGUCGCCAGGUAAAGUGCAAUAUUUGUAGGGCAGCUGAAACAGAUUCUGCCUCACCUAGGCAUCAGGCGGGUAGGAGGGAGUCGGUAAACAUUCGCAGUGAAGUCUAUUGAUAUGGGCGUGAUGAGGUAGUGGUGUAGGUCGGUGGUUUGUGAAUCACUCUCUAGCCGCGCUAGAGUUACUGAUGUAAUCACACGACUACGUCGACCCUAGCGUUAAUCUUUGUAGCAUCUUUUCCUUCGCCGGGAUCAAAUUGUGACCGAAUUAGAAGAAAAACACAGGAGAAUGACAUCCGGAUGAACGAGAACGCAUCAAUACCCAACAAUUCCCAUCUGGUCAAAGGGUUGGCGAGCAAGGCGAAUGGAGAAGCUUCAAACGCUGAGAGAAUUGACAGCGAUGGGAUGACGGGUAACAAUGAAAAGAUCAAUGCGUCUGUCAAAGGCGAGCAAAGACUUUCCACUGAAAUCGAGCCAAUGAUCUAUGGGACAGCGGACGGAGACGAAGACAGUGAAGGCACUGAUGAAGAGCCGGGAGAACACCCCGGAGACGCUAAAGUCGCCCAGCAUGUCGAGGCCGAAGGACGGCCUAUUUCUGACGUGUCCGAGAUCAGCCUGACAGUGAAGCUACCGGCAUCGGGCAGCCCUGCAUCACGAGCUAACAGUGCUCAUGCCGACUUUCACGACAAUCCCAGGGCCACCACUGACGGAGAUGAUCGGUUUAGUCGUGGCAAGCACCGGCAGACUCAAAGUGCUGCGUAUCGCCAACUGUAUCAAUCACCAUCAGGUCUUCGAUCAUACAGGAACCUUUCAGAACAACUGGGAUCCAGAGAUAUACACAAGUCCAACUCAUCACUCCAGUCUAGUGACAUGCCAUUGGAUUUCGAAGGUGGAACACCUCAAGGCUCUCCUUUCCUGUUCACGAGUCCAUCUGGGUCGGCCAAUAUUGGCCGAAAACGCGCCCAGUCAUCCAGCCCAAUCUCCAUUGACAGUGGCAUGGAUAUGAAUAGGUUCAUGCAGUCACCAGCUUCACUAUCAACCUACAUGAUGCCGGGUGGCCUGACAGAUUCCAGGGGAUCACUGGCACCACUGACCCAGACUCCAUCACUACAGUCUCCGGUUCAUCUUCAUCUUGCGCAAGGCCAAAGCCAGUCGCUCGCAGGCUAUUCACCCAUGAACCGAGCAUCUGCUGCUGGUCGACCAGAGAGUCGUCGAGGUAAGACUCUAGAGUCACUUGCAGAGCAUGAUGCUGAUAGUGAGCUGGGCAAUGAAGAUCCUAAAGACACGAAAACUGUGUCGGCCAGAUCGCCUGAGCCCAGCGUGCAAGAUGUGGAUCAGCAAUCCGAGUGCGAGGCAGCCAUGUCACAUGUGUCGGAAAUGAGCCAUGCAGAUGCCAGGUCUGCUGUUGAUGAGACGCAGCAAGAACAACAAUCACUCUGCCAGGCAGCUGGGGAAAACAAACAGAGUUUCUCCCAGGGAACAUUGGCUCAGCACUCACACAUGGGACACAGCUGGAGCAGUGGAGCAAAUCUGUCCACCGAGCAGGGAGAAGAAGGGCAAAAACCAGUCAGGCCUGCAAACAAACGACUCAACAGCCAAGAGUCUGCAACAAGUGAAACGCCUGCUGAGGAUUUGAGCCCGGAGAAAGAAAGAGGUGAAGGAGAUGUGGAUACCCCAGAGCCUAUCUGCUGCUGGGCAGACUGCAGCAAGCACUUUGCUCAAACGGAGGACCUGGUUACACAUGUCAAUAGUGUGCACAUCGAAGGGCAGAAGAAGGAGAUUAUCUGUUGGUGGGCAGACUGCCAACGCCAGCAGAAGCCGUUCAAAGCGCAGUACAUGCUGGUGGUGCACAUGAGACGACACACCGGCGAAAGACCACAUGUUUGCCACCACGAAGGUUGCAACAAGGCAUACUCGCGAUUGGAGAAUCUGAAAACACACAUGAGAUCGCACAGCGGAGAGCGGCCUUACCUCUGUCAGUACUGCCAGAAAAGCUUCACCAAUGCGUCGGACAGGGCCAAGCAUCAGAACCGAACACACUCCAGUGAUAAACCCUAUCGCUGUCCGAAUGAGGGCUGCAUAAAGGCCUACACCGAUCCAAGUUCACUGAGAAAGCACCGGAAGAACUGCGUGCAGGGCACAAUCAAGAAGCGCCACGAGGAAGAGAAUCAAGACACAGGCAGCUCACAGAGGAUUCUACCCGACUUGGCUGAAGGUCAACCGGGCCAGGACAAGGUGCAUGGUGAUUUGGAGUCAUCCCAUCUAUCCUCCAAGGUCACUACCACGAGUAGUGGCAAGAGUGAUAAGGGUGGUGCUGCCCGCCAACACAGACACUCCAGGGGCAGGUCAAGUUCAGAUACGUCAGCAACAGAUGCUACUCCAACUCACAGACCAGUGCCCAAUGGGAAACCUGCACCUCAAUCAGCAGCUGCGGCAUCAGAAGCAGCGACAACAGCAGCAGCAAAGGAGGCCAAUUAUUCUCCAGCUAAUACCAACACAGCAAUGCAACAAGACUACAAUGCAAUCCAUGGCAGCAGACCUCCAAACACCAAACUGGAAAGAAACUAUGAAGACAGUCAACAGCAGGCUAUGAAUGGCAGCCUACAAGCCAUGCAAGCCAUGCAUUACCUCAAACACACAAACCAGCACCAGCAUAAUCUUCAACAACAACCACCUCCACCACCACAACAACAACAGCAACCACCACCACCACAACAGCUGCAACUGGUUCACCCAAACGGAGAGGCCGGUCGGUUGAUAGUAGCAAGCGACGGCGGCAUACCGACCGGCCAUAUACCCCACCACCAGUCAACAACUAUGAUGAAAACAGUAGCAGCAACAGCAGCAGCAACAGCAACAGAACUCACCGCAGCAAGCACAAGAAAUACAACACUUGCGCUGCAGCAGCAGCAGCAGCAUCACCCCCAGCAACACUACAUCUACCCGCAAUACAACCCCAGGCACACACAGCAACAGCAGCUCCCACACUAUGCUACAUCCCUGUCUCACCCUACAAAUUCCCUGCAAUCCCUGCCGCCGUCCACUAUCGAAGCCAACUACCAACAUUACCGCACUCGUCACCAACCGCAGCAGCAGCAACAACAACCCAGUACACCCAUGUCGCAGCAGCAAACUACACAGCUCAUGAGUAUGUUUCACCCGGCGGUGGCGGAGGGGGUCAACCAACACAGCGCUUCAUACCCACCGCUGCAGUCGGCGGCGCCGUCAGCACUGUCACCGCACCACCACCAGCAUCUCCAGCUGCUGCCGCCGCAGCAGCAGCAGCAGCACCAGCUCCAGUCCACUACUAUCCCUGGUACGGAAAUGCACUACAGCCAGCAACCAUUGCUGGACCUCAAUUCACUCAAUUACAACUCAUUACACCCUCAGUCCCUGGAAGCAUUACAAUUCGACAAGGAGCUGCUAUCGGCGGCCAGCCAAUACAGCUCCCCUCUCCUGCCGCCACCGGGGUGUUUCCUGCAGCAGCAGCAGCAGCACUUACAGCAGUCACAGCAGUCCAACCCAGUGGGGGCCCUGUCUAUGGGACACUUCCCACGUGCCACUGGCCUGCAAAGGAGCAAUAGCGACACGAGCAUGCCGGGCGAGGCCGAUGACUUGCUCUCACGGCAUGGCCGCCUCAGUCACCGCAGUAGCCUGGACUACGGCAGCGACAUCAGUCGCAGAAGCAGCGAUCCCAGUAUCCUGACGCCGUACCUGAACAACAGUCGCCGUUCCAGUACCAGUAGUGUUUACUCUAGCGCAGCGCCGACCAGUAGCCUGGACGCCAAACCAGCGGACAUGUCACUGAUCUGUGCCCUUAACCAGCAACUGGCCGUUGGAGAGACGCGACUCUUGCCAUCAACAUCGCUGUCAGGUGAUGAUACCGCGAUGAAGCAAGCACACAAUGCAGUAACACUACCACCGCUCCAGCAGAACUCCUCCAUAAUGCGACAACCAACCCUCAACCACCCAACCAACGAGGACUUCUUCAAAACGGUAAGUGCCGGCAUACAUGACCCUCUGAGAGACUUGCCCUACUCGUCAGCAGGCAAUGACACCGCCGCCGGUAACUUUCUGGACCGAGGUAGCAGCAACGAGGCAGAGGCAGCAGCAGCACUCGCAGGCUUCUCGGGCAUGCUAGCACCAGACCUGAGCGAUGCUCUGCCACAGGAGCUUCACUUCAUGUCCAUUGCAGCUGAGCUAGCAUUGCCGCAGGGAGCGGCGCAGUCAUCUCCGCAGCAACGGGUGCUAAACACAGAGAGGUCACUAGCUGACAACAGUCAUCAUCAAGCCGGUAUCCAACCCAGCACGUCUCACCCCGGCACGCACGGCCAGCCACUUCGACUCACUGAUCCGCAACAAUCAUCACUCCAUACCACCACCACGGCGGCGGCAUCAGUCAGUCCGGGGGUGCCUGGGCAGGCAAUGUCGACAUGCAGCGCAACAAGUCCGCAGAGCUGUGACCAGGCUGCGUUUCUGGAUGAUAAUCAGUCCUUGCUGUCCAGUCCUGCUUCCACCCAGGUGACCAGUGUUGAUGGUAAUGCAAUGGAACAAGCUCAUUACGCCAUAGGAUCACCAACAACACUUAGUUACUCCACAGCACAGAGCCAAGCAUCCCAGCAAGCACUGCAAACUCAAUCACAGCACCACCGCAGAUCACUCACUACAGAUGCUUCGCCGCCGACUCAUGUGUCCAUGCCUGGCCCGAUUGGCCCGAUCGGGUACAAUAAUGUGUGCAUAUCUGCAGCAGCUGCAACGGCUGCCGCUCUCUUGGCUGCCGACGUGCCGGCGAUCGAGCAAAUGGUGGACACCGAGAUGCGCCUGUAGUGCAACUGGUGGACUUCGAGAUGCUCUUGUAGUGCCGCUACAACCCCCGUGGAAUACCUCUAUGAUCCCUGCCAUUUACCAUCACUGAGGGUCUCUUCUUGUGAGGAAAUACUACUAGUUGGCAAGUAGUCACAUGCCUGCCUCUACACUCCCAUUCAAGGCUGGUACCACCUAUGUAUGUAGCACCUGUACAGGCUACCUGAAGUAACCGUACCUCGGCAAAUGGCCGUCAUGGAACUCAACAUGAUGGUUACUCUUAGCACACUUAGAUCUACCCAGUUGUUUCUGGGGCUCAAUUUGCUCCUUCCUUUGUUUCCUCAUCCUAUUCUAUAAUUAUGCUACUAGUAUUUCAUACCGGUAAGAAUGGAGAAAGAUGGGGCAAGCUUAUUGAAGUGGUGCUCUCGUGGACGAGGACAUCGCCCGUAUCACCAGUUGCCGAUCUUAGUGAUAUGUUUCAUACAUUCCAACCGUGAACCAUGUUUGUUUGAAAGACUAUCUGACUGACAAAUAAUGCCAUAUUUAAAAUGUACUAGAAGCCAGAUUCGAUAUGAGAAACCUACUGAUUUCCAAUUGAACGACUCAAUAUUCCUGAGAUGCUCGGCUAUAGCACUCUUGGUGUCCUUCGCCAUCAGACUGUGUUCAGCAA